AUGAGAGAGAAAAAGGGGCUGAACCCGGGUUUCACCCGUGCGAGGUGCUUGCAGGGAGCAGGCAAGGAGUGUGGGAGGUGCAAGUAUAUCAAGGAGUGGGACGGGCUCGCGAUCCCGGACCUACGACCCGGCGCGGCCCGGGAUGCGUGGGUCGCUCUCUUGAGGUAUCACAUGAUCCGCCGGCGGGUCGGGGGCAAGGUCCAGACUCCCCACAUCGGUGGCCUGUCGCCGUGGGAGUGGGACGCCUACACUGGUCGUUCCCUCAAGAGCAACGAGGGGGUGGUGUUUCUGACGUCUCGGCAAGCGAGUCAGAUCGUAAAGAAGCACAACGAUUUGUACAAAGAGUGGCUGAAGAAGAUUCCCAACAACAACUAGGUUGCCGCGUUGUCGUGCAGAUCGAAAUCCCACUGGGGUUCGGUAGGCUGUCAGCUGGGCAGGCAGGCCCUCGUUGUGANGAUCGUAAAGAAGCACAACGAUUUGUACAAAGAGUGGCUGAAGAAGAUUCCCAACAACAACUAGGUUGCCGCGUUGUCGUGCAGAUCGAAAUCCCACUGGGGUUCGGUAGGCUGUCAGCUGGGCAGGCAGGCCCUCGUUGUGAUGUAGUCUCGUGCGUCCCCCGAACCAUGUCGCUGGCUCGCUAGUCGUGUCGAUUGACGCAAAACCAAGAGUUUGCGUGAACCUCCCGUGGGGGCUCGGUUCUACAGAGACAAAGUGCAUUCUAUGAAAAAUUGUGUGUUGCCGUUGACGGGACGGGUUUUGCGGUCGUACGGGUGGGUCUAUGCAUGUCUUGACCGAGCUAGGCUCUCCCCUGGAGCUCCUGCAUUCUAGGCCGACGAUGUAGUUUCCAGUGCUAUAGGCAGAGAGAGAGAAAGAGAGACGGCUGCCGUACCGUUGUCGUUUUGUUUGGCUUUAUUCUAUAUCCGGGUACUGCGGGUCGACAUUCCAAACAUAGAGGAAAAUUUUCACAAUCACUCACCGUCAUUUACGAUGGUACAUGGCCACCCGUUGGCUUUUGUGAGUUUGUGUAUGUAUAUCGAUGUUGGGUCAAUGGGCCCGUGUCGACACAUUAUGUCAAUUGAGCGGGGUCGACGGAGCUAUGAUGAUUGUGUGUAUUACUGUUUAUUUUAGACUCCCCAAUGUUACCUGUGCUUUCGUUACAAUCAAAACAUUGAUGUCGGCAUUUUUUUGUAGAUGGUGUGUUGUGGGUUCAUAGUUGGCAGUCAAGACGAGCUCUGUUGUCGUGGAACGAUAUUUUGUUUGAUGUCGAUCACGCGCGCAAGUGCACGGGUUGUAUAUACUGGUAUCCCGGGGGAAGUCGUUGCAGUCGACUCCGUGAUGGUGUGUCACAGGGUGUCGUACAACGAAGGCUUGUUUUGUGCGUUGAGCUGCUGUGCCACCAACAGCUCAACGAAACAUCCUCCUUGGAAAUUUUCCGCGCACAUUCCGCGUCGUUGGUUUUCGCGGAGGGGAAAGUUUUAGGGAAUGCCACCGCACUUGGCUUUGAUUGGAUCAAUGGCAAGCUUGGCAGGGUGCAUUCGUAUGAU